GAUAAUGAAGUCGAAGUUCUUGCAGCUCUAGAUGGCAUAUUUUAAUUUGUAAAAAAACUCGACGCGAGCAGCGAACGGCUCGGAAAUGCCAUUAAAGUUCUUGAAAAAGUGUCGCCAGUACAAUGUGACGUCCAAGAGUUUAUUUGUUAUAUCAGUGCAUCACCUGCUGGACACCUCCAGUACGGUCGAUUGCACGAUCAGUUCGGAGAGUAAGGGGCAGGAGUGCCUGGAUAAUGUGUGCCAGCGACUGCUUAUUCAGCAGCCGGAAUUCUUCGGGCUGCGAUACCUGGUUAAGGGCAAAGACAAGGACAAGGAGGACGAGUUUAAAUGGAUCGAUCUGGAGCGUUCGCUGAGCCGGCAGUUGGAGAAGUACGCGGCGGGGCCGAAGAUCUACCUUCGGGUCCGCCACUACGUGACAACUGGAGUGCGCCACCUUAGCGAUGAGGCCACGCGAUUCUAUUAUUUCCUCCAGCUGAAGAGCGACAUCUACGAGGGUCGGAUCGCCUGCGACAUCCGCACAGCCAUCUUGCUGGCGCUCUACUGCCGUCAGGCGGAGUACGACAGCUAUCAAGGCGAUAAGCAGAGCAAGGAUUACCUAAAGAAAUCGCUGGUGCUGCCACGCAACAUGCAGGGUCUGGCCAAUGACGACAGUAUGUUGGAAGGUCUUAUUGUGGAGGUGCUGCAGCAGCAAGCGGGCCUGGCGCAUCUCAGUCAGAGCCAGGCGGAGGAGAUGUACAUACAGUGCUGCCAGCAGCUGGAUGGGUACGGCGAGGAACGCUUUGCUGCCAAAGACACUCUGGGCAACGAUUUGCAGCUGGGCUUGGCCAUCAACGGGAUGGUGGUGAAUGCGGACAACGGCCGGCAGUAUUUUCCGUGGAAGGACUUUCACACGGUGACCAUUGACAAGCGUACCAUCAAGAUCGAACAGAAUCGACUAGACGGCGAUGGAAGCAUAGUGGGCAGUUUUAUCUUUGGCGAGGCGGACACUGCCCGCUACUUCUGGAAGCUCUGCAUCAGUCAACACAAGUUCUUCAAGCGCUACAUUGACACCGCCACGCCUUCCAGCCUAGGUAGCGGGGCGGACGUUGAAAGCGGACAUUUGGGAGCCGAUAGCGUCGGUUAUGUCGACUUCGACUACGCCGAGGCCGCCGAGCAAUUACAACAACAGCAACAUCAGCAGCAGCAGCAGCAGCAACAACAGCAGAUCCACCACCAGCAGCAAAUGCUUUCCUCAAACAUUUCACUAGCCGCCAGCCAUAGCCACAGCCAGCUCCUGGGACAGAGCAGCUCCUGCCUUGACCUGAGCAACAACAACCUGCACAGCAGCAAUGGCAUGCUACACCUCGGCAGCAGCAGCAACAACAACAACGAGGAGCGGGAGCGCCUGAAAGCAAUGUUGCCGACGUACCGGCCAGCGCCGGACUAUGAAACGGCUGUACAGCUCAAGUAUCGCACUCCAUCCGCGGAGCUGCACAAUGUGACUGUUGCACUAGCCACUCCCGGCACCACCUACUAUGCAGGCUCCCAGCCUGACGUGCAUAAUCCAGGUGUUUACAACGAGAACUUGCUCUACGGCCACCUAACGGCCCACCGCUACCCUGACGUAGCGCAGCCGGCAGCAGCUCUCCAUCACCACAUCAAUCUAUACCAGACGAAGCAGCAGCAACAACAGGUGCAACCAGUAAGCACGGCCCAGGCGUAUUUGGAGCUUUCACAACGCAUGCACAUGAUGCGACACAAGGCGCCGCCGCCGUACCCGGUUAAUCGGUUGAGCUCCUCGUCGACCCCCGACCUGGCAGUGGCGACACCCCGACCAUUGCAGGGCUAUCGCAACUACGUGAGCGGUUCGUCGCCCGAUCUAGUCUCCAACCGCACCCUCCUCAAUGGCGGCCAGUACUUAGCUCUGGCCGCAGGCGGGCAUGCCGGCAACAUGCCCACCUCGUCCGGAGCCACCAUGCUGCACCAGUACCAAUAUGUUGGUCACAUGGGUCACUCGCAGCCCUAUCUGCCGCCGCACGGAACCUUCGAGAACCUCAACAUGAUUGAGGAGCAGCCGUCCAUCAUGUCCCAAUUGCGGCAGUCGGCGAUGAGCCAGGCAGCAGCCGCGGCAGCUGCAGCCGUAGUAACGCAGAGUUCACCCACCCUACCGCCCACCGGCUAUCGCAGCUCUGUGCCGCCACCAGCCAGCAGUCCGCAGCCACCAGCCGUUUCAUCCCAGAAGUCGACCACACCCACACCUCUGCAGCGGAGUGUCGUGAACGGAUCCAUAGAGCCCAUCUAUGAGAACCUACCGCAGCGCGCCUCCGGUGGCAGCAAUGGAGCAGCACACGCCGAGGCCAUUCGCCAGCGAGCCUCCUCCAUACAAUCGGCUCCUCCUGGUGUUGUGCCCGUGCCGGCGGCCCGGCAUGCCAGCACUAACAACGUGGUCACCGUGACGGUGAAUGCCCAACCAGACGACCAUAUCACGCCAAACAUAGUGAAGUAUGGAGCCGAGCGAUCGGCUAUCGCGGAGUUGCAAUUUCAAGAGCCACAGCUGCCGACACGCUCUAUCAGGGCAGCCAGUGCUGCUCCGGCCAUUGGAGUCACGCCGCCGCCCCGCCAACAUCGAUCCACCGCGAGUCUAAACAAGUCGACGACCGUCGACGUCAACGCACCGACUGGAGACUCGCUGCAGCAGCAAUUCAGUGCCAUGAAUCUAUCUGCCAACACAUCAGCAUCCACCUCCUCCAUGUUCAACUCCACUUUGGACACCACAUCCUCGUCUGCGGCUAGCAAGGAUGCCAAGCGCAAAAAGCGAUGGAACUUCCUCGCCCGCAGCAAGACUCCCGAUAAGCAGAAGUCUGCCACGCUGGGCAGGGAGAAGGCAGCUACUACUGGUCAGCACGCCAAGCUUGCAGCAAAGCUGAAGCUGGCUCAGGACGAUCUUAACCUGCCCCACCGUUGGUCCACCGGUGUUAGCAAGCCGCAACCGAUUUCUGGAAGGUAUUCCAAGGACAAGCUGUGCCAAAUCCUUAAUGAAAAACUACAGGACUCACAGCUAUUCAUGGAGUUUGAACGCAUACCGAAGCGGCGAGAGCAUGCCCUGUACGAGUGUGCCCUGCUCGAGGAAAAUGAGCCCAAGAACCACGAUCCAAACUUUUUGCCCUACGACGAUAACCGGGUGCGCUUAGUGCCGUCAAUGGAAAAUCGACAUGGAUACGUGAAUGCCUCCUACAUAUCCGCCACUGUUGGAACGAAACAACGAUUUUACAUCGUGGCGCAAUCCCCACAAGAGUCACAAACUAUGCACACCUUUUGGCAGUGUGUUUGGGAGGCUGAUGUGUAUUUGGUAGUUCAGCUAACCGAGGACAUGAGCUACAUUCCCCUAAGCAGUCAACAGCGUCUGGAGUUUGGACAGUUUCAAGUAUAUCAGGAAUUUUCUCAAACCACCGAUCGAUGCACAACCAGCAAGCUGCGUCUCUUCCACGCUCCCUCGCGUCGCUACCGUUCCGUCUGGCAUCUACAGUACGCAGACUGGGCGGAACAGAAUUGUCCGCGCGACGUCAACCACUUUUUGGACUUUCUUGAGGAGCUCAACUCGGUUAGACUGGCAUCAACACACGAGGUGCCGCCAGGACACAAUACGAAUCCUCCCGUUUUGAUUCACUGCCUCGAGGGGGGCGGUCGAUCUGGUGUCACACUGACGGCGGAUCUUCUGCUUUAUACCCUGGACCAUAACGAGGACUUGGAUAUACCGAGGGUCAUUGGGCAACUGCGGCAUCAACGUGAUAGCAUUAUACCGUCCCUGGCGCAGUACAAGUUUAUAUACAAUCUGCUCAUUACCUAUUUGAAGCGUACGAGGUUGAUAUGAGGCUGAGAAAUGUUUCAAGGGAUGCAUUAGAGUGUCCAUGGACCAAAGCAUUCUAUGUUUUAUAAUCCUACCUUCCUGAGAACGAACAAUUUUAUUUAAGUCGUAAGAAAAAGUGCCUUUUAAUAUGCGUAUCCCCAAUCAAAAUGUUAUUCAUUUUACUUAAACAACGUAAAAUUUUGUUUUAAUUGUAAUUUGUUUUGAAGUUCCAGACUCCAUUGUCAAAACUAGGGCUAAGGCGCUAACAGAAACUCCUACCAAUGGCGUUAAUCGUAGUGCCUAGCUAGAUAAGAUAGCUCCGCAUCCAAGCAAAUACUUGUUAGGUUUAAAGCCAAAUUAUUUAUAGAAAACUGUAUUUUAUCUAAAGUUGAAACAAAACUUAACGAAUUGAACCCCCCUCCCAAGAAGCAAUAAAAAUUUAACAUUAUUGACAUAAAUAACUGGCAAACAUUAA